AAGCUACAGACGAAAAGAGGCUGAAAAUAAAACAAGAAGAAGACAAAGAAGAUUUGAUGAUGAAUAUAGAAAGAAAGAGGCUGAGGCAGAUAAAACAAGAAGAAGACAAAGAAGACGUGAUGAUGAAUAUAGAAAGAAAGGCGGAGCGAGAAAAGAAGUCUACACAGGAAAGAAGGCAGAAUGAUAAAUACAGACAAAAGGAGGCUGAGGCAGAUAAAACAAAAAGAAAACAAAGACGAUGUGAUGAGGAAUAUAGAAAUAAAGAGAAAGAGAAAGAAAAGAAGACUGCACAGGAAAGAAGACAGAAUGAUAAAUACAGACAAAAGGAGGCUGAGGAAGAUAAAACAAGAAGAAAACAAAGACGAUGUGAUGAUGAAUAUAGGCAAAAAGAAGAAAAAGACGGUGUGAUGAGGAAUAUAGAAAGAAAGAGAAGGAGAAGGAAAAGAAGUCUACACAGAAAAAGAGACAAGAAUUAAAACCUUCCUCUGUUGCUGCUGCAAUAACAAAAUAUCACAACACGGUUUCAAAGGGACCUAUAUAUAUAUGUACCAGUUGUAAUCAACUAUGGUAUCGGCAAAGUGUUCAUCCCCUGUCUCCAAAUGCAUUACAAUCUACAAAUGAAGUACUAAAAGAAUGUCCUAAAGUAUUGAGUGUGAACAACAAGAUGUGGAUAUGUAGAAAUUGCAAAAGUCAUAUCAACAAAGGAAGAGUACCACCAAUGUCAGUUAUGAACGGAAUGAAAUUUCCUCAGCAAGGCAUUCUGCAGAUGUUGAAUCCACUAGAACUAACACUUUUGGCAGUUCGUCUCCCUUUCAUGAAGAUACACCAUGCCCCAAGAGGCAAGCAGAAGAAGAUACGAGGCAAUAUGGUACUUGUACCUGCAGACGUGAAUGAUACUGUGACUCAAUUACCCCGCCUUCCAUCUAACAGUGCUACGCUAAAAAGAAGACUUAGAUAUAAACACCAUGUCUACUGUCUGAAUAUUCGUCCUCAGAUGAUCAGACAGGAUGCACAAUUCUUAUCAGAAACUCCUCUAUAUAAGGAGCAUGUGACAUUCAAUUCACAGUGGGAUGUUAGUGAUCAUGAUACAAAU